AUGGUUUUUCAAGCUGGAAGCAGAGGCGGCCGUGGUGUGUGGUGUGUAGAGAUGGGAGUUUGGGAUCAUGGGAUCAAAAAAAAAUCCUGGGAAAUUGUCGUUAAAUCUUGUUCAAGCUUCAUCAAUUCAUUUCAUGGCAACAUUGUACUAACAAGCAAAAUGUGUUUUUCAGGCUCUAGAGGUGGCUUUGGUGGCCGUGGUGGUGCCAGAGGUGGAUCCAGAGGUGGUUUCGGUGGUGGCCGUGGCGGUGCCAGAGGCGGUUUCGGUGGUGGCCGUGGUGGCUCAAGAGGUGGUGCCCGUGGUGGCCCAAGAGGUGGUGCCCGUGGUGGCCCAAGAGGUGGUGCCCGUGGCGGUGCCCGUGGCGGUGCCAGAGGUGGUGCCAAGGUGGUCAUUGAGCCCCACAAACACGCCGGUGUUUUCAUUGCCAGAGGCAAAGAAGAUUUGUUGGUGACCAAGAACGUGGCUCCUGGUGACUCCGUAUACGGUGAAAAGAGAGUAUCUGUUGAAGAGCCUUCCACUGAAGAAGGUGUGCCCCCAACCAAGGUCGAGUACCGUGUGUGGAACCCCUUCAGAUCCAAGUUGGCUGCCGGUAUCAUGGGUGGUCUAGACGAGCUUUUCAUCGCCCCAGGCAAGAAGGUUCUGUACUUGGGUGCUGCUUCCGGUACCUCUGUCUCGCACGUUGCCGAUGUCGUUGGCCCAGAAGGUCUAGUCUACGCCGUUGAGUUCUCCCACAGACCCGGCAGAGAGUUGAUCUCCAUGGCUAAGAAGAGACCUAACGUUAUCCCAAUCAUUGAGGACGCCAGACACCCUCAGAAAUACAGAAUGCUCAUCGGUAUGGUCGACGCUGUGUUCGCCGAUGUUGCCCAACCGGACCAGGCCCGUAUCAUUGCUUUGAACUCUCACAUGUUCCUCAAGGAUCAAGGUGGUGUUGUAAUCUCCAUCAAAGCCAACUGUAUCGACUCCACCGUGGACGCCGAGACCGUGUUCGCCAGAGAAGUGCAGAAGUUGCGUGAAGAGCGCAUCAAGCCUUUGGAACAAUUGACCUUGGAACCUUACGAAAGAGACCACUGUAUUGUCAUCGGCAGAUACAUGAGAAGCGGCUUGUAA